GCAAAAUGUACUUUAAGUGCGGAAAGUGUACAAAAAGGCGCAGAACGAAGACACGUGGGCUUUUCUCUUAUGUCCAAUUUUUUCUACAAAACGUACUAUAGUACAGUGAACGUAGGACUUGCUAAAUUCUCAGCGAAAAUGACAAGUCAAAAAGCUGUACUGAUUUUUGAAAUAUUUGUCGAGUGUCAAACUACAAAAGCCAGAACCGGCAGGAUGACACUUGUUCAUCAUCAUGUAGACACACCAGUAUUCAUGCCAGUGGGAACUCAGGGAACGUUAAAAGGAUUGUUGCCCCAACAACUGGAACAAUUGGAUUGCCAAAUCAUUCUCGGCAAUACAUAUCAUCUGGGAACUAGGCCUGGUGCAGACGUUCUGCGUAAAGCUGGAGGUUUGCACAAGUUUAUGAAUUGGAAAAGAGCGCUGUUAACAGAUUCAGGUGGUUUCCAAAUGGUUUCAUUGUUACAUCUAGCCGAAAUAACAGAAGAAGGUGUUAAAUUUAAAUCACCAUAUAAUGAAUCUGAAUGCAUGUUGACACCUGAACAUUCAAUUCAAAUUCAAAAUACGAUUGGUGCUGACAUAAUUAUGCAACUUGAUGAUGUUGUUAAAACUACUUUAACUGGUCCAAGAGUAGAAGAGGCAAUGCAUAGAACAACACGUUGGCUAGAUCGUUGUUUGUUAGCACAUGAAAGACCUAAUGAACAAAGUAUAUUUCCAAUUGUGCAAGGUGGUCUCAAUUCCGAACUGCGAUCCGAAAGUGCACGACAAUUAAUUAAACGACAAGUGAACGGAUAUGCUGUAGGAGGCUUGAGUGGUGGGGAAAGCAAGGACGAUUUUUGGAGAAUGGUUCAUCUAUCAACGAAUAUCCUUCCAAAAGACAAACCACGAUAUCUUAUGGGGGUUGGAUUCGCAGUUGACUUAAUUGUAUGCUGUGCAUUAGGAAUCGAUAUGUACGAUUGUGUAUUUCCAACAAGAACAGCUAGAUUUGGUUGUGCUUUGGUACAAACAGGACAGCUUAAUUUGAAACAAGCACAAUUUAAAAAAGAAAUGAUACCGAUAGACGAAUCGUGCGAGUGUAGCACCUGUAAGACUUACACACGAGCUUAUUUGCAUCAAAUCGCUACAAUAGAGACAGUGUCAUGUCAUUUGUUGACAGUUCACAAUGUUGCGUUUCAAAUGAAGCUGAUGCAAGAUAUCAGAAACAGUAUAAAAGAACAAAGAUUUCCUACAUUUAUACAGGAAUAUAUGUUGGCAGUUUAUCCCAAUAAGGACUAUCCAAUAUGGAUAAUUAAUGCUUUGAAGGCUGUCAAUGUUACUCUAUUGUAAAUGUUUUUUACAUUAAUUAUAUAAAAAUUUACAUUAAUUAUGUAUAA